CUUUCGUAGCGCGGAGCGGGAGGUCGAGUAAUGAUGACAUGGAGUGGCGGUAACAACCAUUUUCGCCGUGGCCUGUCAGCACGGCCGAGAAGGAAAGAAGCAUAAAGCAAAGUUGGUCCUAGCCUUACCAUUUUUGUCUCAUCGCCCUAGGACCCUCUUGAUGGCAGAGCCUUGUCCCGCUGCGAAUGCGUCCUUGGGCUGCAAAGCCAUAUGCUGCCAUACCGCUACGAAAACGUCCCGUGUUCAAUUGCCAGACGAGCCAUUGGCCGUUGGGGCAAGGUUCCAGCAGGAGCGCGCCAUACUUUGAUCGACUGCCAGAAAACCAUGUGAGCCGACGGUCCAACGCUGCAAGGACACAAAGCCUGAAAUGCCAGCAUGUCGCUGUUCUGCCGACGGCAAGCGAAUGUGCACUGGACGUGAUCGCGCUUUGGAGGAUCGCAAUAGGAAUCGCGCCGUACCAGUCAAUCAUCCAUGAUGACGAUCGCCGACUUGUCCGAGCGCAGUCAGUGCGACGAGAAGGAUGCGCAAAUUGCAAGCAGGAACGGCACCGGCUUCUGGGGCCCGGCUCCGGAAUCCGGCCGAAAACCUGGACAGACGAGCACUGGCUAAUAAGAAAGUUGCAGAGUCCACUGGCUCCACUGACAGAGUGAACAGAAUCGAACCUGCCACGGGAGUCGACAUGAAGUUGCUGUUCCCAAUGCCGUGAAGCCGACUUUUGAAGGGAAUGGUCGAAGGCUUCGUGCAAUCCUUACCCGGCGCUGGGUUCAAGAAGUCGAGGCGCAAUGCCAAAAACAGGCUUCCUGGUUUAUAGAGUGUACCCCAUUCGCUGGAUAAUAUCAGGGCUGAGCAAGCUGCACCGGGGGCCAGCUUUCCGCGCC